AUGAGUGACACGGUGAGAAAACGCUCCAGGAUCGCUUGCGUCUCCUGCCAAUCACGAAAACGUAAAUGCACCGGCGACCAGCCGUGCAGCACAUGUUGUCAAUUUGGCAUCGACUGCCACUACGAUCUGCUGUCCCGCAAGAAAAAGGACGCAAGGUCUUUUAGACCGCAGCAACCAAUUCCUCCAAUAGCCAGCACUACGUCCCGUAAUGAAACCAUCCCCAAGAGUCACCGCGAGGGGACUACAGGCGACUCCCCUGACAUAUCUGUUCACUCCUUGGAAGCCAAUUCAGGAGCAGCAUUUGUACGGAGGUUGGGUCUCAAGAUCGACCCAGCUAAUGCCCCGAGGUUAGACCUGUUCGCCUGGAAUGUGGGUGCUCGCCAUCCGACUCCUUCUUUGAUGCCCCCGUCGUCAAUGCCCAGGGCAGUAAGCGUUGUAGACAUCAUUUCUCUGGACGAAAUGAAGCUGCUAGCCGCCACGUUUUUCGAGAAGGUAGAUCCGUGCUACGGCUUCAUCGAUCGGGACCAUCUGUUCCGCCAACUGGGCAGACGAUGGCUUUCCCCAUCAUCGGAGUCUGUGUUGCCCUACGGACCAAUUUCAGCUGGCCGAGACUGCCGCCUAAUCCUUGACCAGCACAUGCUCUCUGAAACACCUUCAUCAGUCGACAUCGUCACUGGCUGGGUGCUUCGAGUGGCAUACUUGCGUACGACAGCUGCUCCCGAUGCCGCUUGGAUGGCCAGUUGUUCGCUGAUGCAUCUCAUUGAAGCCACCGGCCUUCAUCUGGAGCCCUCGUCAGACACAGUCCUCGGGAAAUCGGCAGAGACGUGCCACCCAGAAAUCCGGCGGAGGCUAUAUGCCAUGCGCGCCAUCUUAACGGAGAUUUUUAAUCUCCUCCCAAUAUCAGAAAGUUUGGACCCAAACAAAGCGCAGGACUCCCUAGACCUAGAGUCAGCGCUGGCGAAUGUUCUAGAUCUCGUUCACCCCCUCGCCUCACAUACCCUGGCCCAAUGCAACCUGAUGCUCUGCAUCUACCGGCGCUUGCGUGGCCUCGACUCCGUUAUAGCUGGAUCUCUCCUUGACCAAGUACUUGAGCUAGCAAGAAAGGGCCUGCAGGCCUCUCGCGACAUGAUUGCAUCGAUCAGUCCGUGGCAUCAGACCGCCAACGUACCCUUCCAGAUCAUUUGCACAUUACUAGCGAUCGAUAAUCGUGCUUCGUUAGCACUGUUAGGCGAUGCGAUGCAGACACUGCGCGAGGUCGCCUUAGCGUACGAUACAGACGUCAUGAGGGAGGCCUACAGUACGGCAUACCUGCUGAUCCUGCUCCACCAACGACGAAAGGAAGAGGACACGAGAACCCUUCGAGGUGUUUUGCGUGCCAACUCCACUGCCUCGGCUACACAGGCGGAGAUCACGGAACCCACGAUCGAGUCGACUCACUCACUCGCAGACUACCCGGGGUUCUCGUGGUUGAGUGAUCUGGUGAUUGAUAUGCCAGGCCUGCAAAACUUUGAUCUUGAAAGUUUCCUGGCAACCGACAAUUCAUGGCCGCUGCCGGAGCCAGGGAUGUGA